UGUUUUUGUUAAUUGGUUUAGUUUUGUAGCUUUCGCCCAUAGCCUUUUUAAAUGUGUAAUUUCCAGAUAACAAAAUAAAAACUAUUAGCGGUUUAAUUGAAAUUCUGAAUAAUUUGGUUUAGUUAUUUAUUUAUUUAUUAUUCUUGCUUCUCUGAUACAAGUAACGUUCGGCCACAGUACUGGACCCCAUUGCUUUAAGCAUAACGUUUUAAAAAGAAAAUCUAAUCAAUCAAAUUAAGUUUAACAAACAAAGCCUACUUCCAGUCGAGCCUGUUAAUGACUUCUAUUUGAAAGGACGUAUUUAAAACGAGCUGGUAGUGAGUGAACGUCGCGCGAGGGUUAGCACAGCUAGCUAACGUUAGCUAACCGAAUAACGGUCAAUUAGCCGCGGCCAUUUUGAAGGCCUUCCUAGUCCACUUCGUCGAAUGGAUUCUUCUGAGAAUACACGGCUUCAAAGUGGACGCGGAGACACCGCCGACGCGGAGCUUGAUGUGGUUCUGCGGGCGGGCAGCGACCAACCCGUGAACGGCGACCGCAGAACACUGCACAACCUGACGGCCGUAGAGAAGACCUGCCCGCGGGCCCUGGACCUCCGGGCGGCCCGGACGGACAUCGAGCCCCACAUGCGAAGGAUACUGGCAGUGUGGAUGUUUGAGGUGUGCGAGGAGCAGAAAUGUGAGGAGGAGGUGUUUCCGCUGGCGGUGCAAUACCUGGACUGCUACCUGAGCAGGUUCGCCGUGCAAAAGAGCAACCUGCAGCUUUUAGGGGCCGUUUGUAUGUUCCUGGCCUCCAAAAUGAGAGAGACUGUCCAUCUGACGGCCGGCAAGCUCUGCAUCUACACAGACAACUCCAUUUCCGUAUCAGACAUCCUGCAUUGGGAGGUGACUGUGGUUUCCAGGCUGGACUGGUGUCUGGCCGCUGUGGUUCCCUCUGACUUCUUGGGGCCGGUGCUUCACGCGCUCCCCUCAGUUCGGCCCCACCACCUUCCCAACGUGAGAAGGCACGUUCACUCCUACAUUGCUCUGGUGGCCAUUGACUGCAGGUUUUCAGUGUUCCUGCCCUCCACCAUUGCAUGUGCCUGCGUCAGCAUUGCCAUGCAGAGGCUAGAGUUAACGGACGCUGUCGUCUCCUCUGUUUCGGUGAUGACGUUUUUGGUCAACCUAUUGGACCUUGAUCCGAGCUCGGCCCACCUCUGCUAUGACCUGCUAGGAAGUGUGUUGGAGCUCAGCCUGCCCUCUUGUUCCCAUCUUCAGGACAGUGUUUGCAGAUCAGGAGCCCGCAGCGCCGAGAACAGCUGCACGCCUGCUGACUUUCAGGAUGUUGUCUUUACACCAGUCUCAUUGCCUCAGGAAAUAAAACUAAAGUCACCCCUCCCUGACACAAAUGACUAAAUA